AGAACUUUUCUCAUUCUGACGUAAUGGUUUUCCUCUUCCUUUUGUUGUUUGGUCGAUAAAUUGCGUUCAACUGGUUUCAGCUUUGAUUUAGAUUUGAUUCAAUAACAGUGGCAUUUUCACGUAAAAAUGUCAGUCUGAAUGUUUUUUGAAAAUUAAGUAAAUAAUGCAAGAAUCAUGCCAGCAAAGAAGAAAAAAGCUCAAAUUGAAGUCCCUCCAGAGAUUUCAGUACCAGGGGCUGCUCUUUUGGACGUUGUCGAGGAACAACCGAAGAACGCUCUUGUGUCAAUAGUAACUGGAGAACCCUAUGGACCUCGAGUUCGACAUGUUGAUGAAAGGGCCGAAGAGGAAAGUUCGGAUGAUGAACCUGAAUCUGAAAGCGAUGACGAAAGUAGGUACCUCAAGGACGAUUCCUCUUUGGAGGUUCCCUCCGAGUUUUGGCACAUGCAGAAACUCAUCAAAUAUAUGAAAGCUGGCAAUCAAACUGCGACUACAGUUUCUCUCUGUCUCUUGAAGGACUUCGAACUCAAUACCAGAAUCAUUCAAAAAGCUAUUCAUGAGAUGGGAGGAUUGGAAGUGUUGGUGAAUCUCUUAGAAACGAGGGAUUUAAAAUGUCAACAUGGAUCAUUGGCAGUUUUGUUUCAAAUUUCUACAUCGGCCGACAUGAGACGUUAUUUAAUUGAUUUGGGAAUCGUGACUUCUUUGAUUGAAAUGUUGAAACACCCAGCGAGGGAUAUUCAAGUUUUGGCAGCAGAAACAAUGGCUAGUAUAGCUUUGAUGAGGAAAGCCAGGAAGCAGAUUAGAGUUCGAGGGGGUGUUCCUUUAAUUUUGGAUGUGAUGGACAUUCCAGACACAGUGCUUCAACGUUCUCCCGAAAACCUGAACGAAAUCGACAAAGAAUUAAUGGCAGUAGCGAUCGGAUGUGCCAAAGUCCUCGAUUCUUUAAGCAGUAGUCCAAAAAUUAAAGAAGAACUAAGAAAAUUUGGUGUCGUUUUUCUAAUGGCUAGAUAUCUCAAGUCCCAGAGUGUUGACCUAAUUAUUCCAAUGAUGGGAGCAGUUCAACAAUGUGCAGACCUUAAAGCUUUCAGAGUAGCUUUCGAGCAGAUGGGAAUUAUCACAGACGUGGUGAAACACUUGCACAAUGAUAAUGUGAAAUUAAAGGAAAAUUGUGCCCUUGCGAUUUUUAAGUGCUCGGCAAACGAAACUACAAGAAAGUUGGUGAGAGAGGCUGGUGGAUUGGAUCCACUUUGUAAGUUGAUUAAAACUGAAGAGGUUCGAGCCAAUAAGAAAUUGUUAGCAGCUGUCACAGGUGGAAUUUGGAAAUGUGCAAUGAGCCAGGAAAAUAUUAUCAGAUUUAAUCAAAAUGAACUUGUGGCUUCACUGGUACCUCUUCUUGAAGAAAAUGAGGAUGAGGAUGUUCUCACUAAUGUUGUUGGUGCUCUUGCCGAGUGUUGCAAACAUCCAAGCAACCGAGAUGUUCUCAGAACAAAUGAAGGCCUGCCGAAAAUGAUUCGCCUUUUGAGCGCAACUUACGAGCCCCUUUUGGAAAAUUUGCCACUGGUGAUCAAAGAAUGCGCUGAGAGUGAAGAAUGCAUGGAUAUCAUCAAUGACCCAGAGCACAUUCUGGAUGGAGUUCGUCUAGUUUGGUCAUUGUUAAAACAUCCCAGCGAUGUCAUUAAGAGAAACGCUUGCUAUGCCCUGGUUCCUUGUAUAAAAUUCGCCAAAGAUUCACCAGAGAUGGUUCGAGCUUUUGUAGGAGGAUUGGAACUCACAGUUAGUCUUCUCGAAAGUGACAAUACUCAAGUUCUCAGUGCCGUUUGUGCGACGAUUGCUGCAAUUGCCACCGAUCCCGAAAAUCUUGGAAUUUUGACUGACCAUGGUGUUGUCAAAAAACUGGCAGACCUUGUCAAUACUGAGGAUGAGAAUCUACGUGCAAAUUUAACUCUGGCAAUUGCAUUCUGUUGUGAAUGGGGACAGAACAAUCACGAAUUUGGAAAACUAAAUGCUGUAGCACCGCUGGUUAAUUAUUUAUCGAGCAAAAACAAAAAUGUUUUGAAGGGAGUUUGCAUUGCUUUUUAUCACUUAAGCAAGGAGCCUUUAAAUUGUAUCACCAUGCACACGUGUGGGGUUGUUAAGCACGUUCUUCGUUUGGUUGGUUCAGAAGAUCCUGAAGUUCAAAUAGCAGCAGCCACCACAAUUCGACAUAUCCGAAAAUUGGCCAUCUCCGCUGAGAAAUUCCACUACAAAGAAAUCAAUACACUACAGGAAGCAGAUUUUCUUCAAUAAUUACAAAAAAAUCAUCAUCUGCAAUUAAAAUAUGUAUCUA